CUUGCCUCCCGUCAACUUUGGUGGAUUGCCAUCACCAGGUAGAUUGAGGCCACUGGAUGAAACGUCUUCAACAACCAAGAAGUGUCGGCUGCUAGCAUCCGCAGCAACUUGAAUCAUCUUCUACUUAAUGAUCGAUCAACAAAGCUCCCAAGGUGGACUUCCUCAUCUAAGCGCAUAAGAUGAAGGCAGCCGACGAGCCGGCCUACCUGACCGUGGGCACCGACGUGAGCGCCAAGUACAGGGGGGCCUUCUGCGAGGCCAAGAUCAAGAUUGUGAAGCGGCUGGUGAAGGUCAAGGUGACUCUGAAAGGGGAGAGCACCAGCCAGGUGGUCCACGAUGACCAGGUCAAAGGCCCCCUCAGGGUGGGCUCCACGGUGGAGGUGAAGACAAACGAAGGCGCGUGCAGCGAGGCCGUCAUCAGCAAGCUGACGGAUGCCAGCCUCUACACCGUGGUUUUUGACGACGGGGACGAGAAGACGCUGCGACGGUCGUCUUUGUGCCUGAAGGGUGAGCGGCACUUUGCCGAGAGCGAGACCCUGGACCAGCUUCCUCUGACCAACCCGGAACACUUUGGCACUCCGGUCCUCGGGAAGAAGUCCAACCGCGGUCGUCGCUUCUCGCAGGCUGUGGCGGGCGAGGAGAACGAGUCGUCGUCCAGCGAAGAAGACGAGGAUGACCGCAGGAGGCUGAACGAUGAAUUGCUGGGGAAGGUCUGUAGCGUCAAGAAGGAGGAGCAGCCCGCCGCCUGGUUCCUGGCGCUGGUGGUGUCGCCCAGCUGCAAUGACGAGCUGGUGGUGAGGAAGGAUCAGUGUCUGGUCAGGUCCUUCAGUGACUCCAAGUUCUGCACGGUUGCCAGGAGGAACGUGCACCCCCUCAAUUCCAUCAGCAUCAACAAGUCGGAGCUCUCCAACACGCAAGGUUUUGAAGCGGCUCAGAUAUUUGCCAGGCGCAGGGAGGUGCCAGAGGUUUGGAAGAUGGACAUGAGUCAGAUCUUGGACUCGUCCACCAGUGACGAAGAUGACGACAACGGGGAGGAGAAGGAGAGCGAGGACGACGACACGGACGAGGAUGAGAAGAGGAAGAAGCUCCUCAAAGAGGAGCCCGAGGAGGAGCCGGACCCGGAGGAGCGAGAUCACUUCCUGCAGCAGCUCUACAAGUUCAUGGAGGACCGAGGCACGCCCAUCAACAAGCCGCCAGUGUUGGGUUACAAGGACCUGAACCUGUUCAAGCUCUUCCGCCUGGUCUUCCAACACGGCGGCUGUCGUAAGAUUGAGAGCGGCACGGUGUGGAAGCAGAUCUACAUGGACCUGGGCAUUCCCAUCCUCAACUCGGCGGCAUCGUACAACGUCAAGACAGCGUACAAGAAGUACCUUUUUGGCUUUGAGGAGUACUGCCGCUCUGCCUGCAUCACCUUCAGGACUAUACACCACAACAACCCGCGCUCGCCUAAGGCGCACGCCGUCUCCAGGAUGGCCGCCAGGUCAGAGUUCAAGGAGGAGGACAAGGGCACCGAGUCUGACAGCGAAAGCGACGACCCCAAGGACAAACAGUUGUCGCCUAGGGGGAGUAGGCGAGGCGGUGCCAAGGCGGAAGCGCCCAACAAGGGAGGAGACGAGAACGGCGAGGAGCCCAGGGAUGCACCGCGGCGCAGCAGCCGGCGUCUGGACGGCUCCGACAGGGGCUCUGACGAUGACGAGGAGGAGGAAGAAGAGGAAGAUCAGGAUGAAGAUGACGACCAAGAUGACGAGGACGAAGAGCGAGCCAGGCGCCUAGGAGCCAGGAGCGAGGACGAAGGGGAAGGCGACGCCUUGACAGGGACCAAGGUGAGAGUGAAGUACGGCCGAGGAAAGACACAAAAGAUCUACGAGGCUCACAUCAAGAAGACGGAUACAGACAACGGCGAACAUUUCUACCUGGUGCACUAUUACGGCUGGAACGUCAGGUAUGACGAAUGGGUGAAGGCCGACCGCAUCAUCUGGCCGGCCGAGAGAGGAACCCGCAAGAGAACCCGGAAGAAGGUGAAGAACAAAGAGGAGGUGGACAAGGAGGACGACAAGGCUCCGAUGGCGGUGUUGAUGGCCACGCCUCCGCCAACCAGACCCGUGGCGGCCAGGCGAGGUCGCCCCCAUAUCCGGACUGCGCCUGCCAAUGUGCCGCCCGGUCGUAAGAUGCCGAGCGGAGAGGGCAAGUCCAACCCCAAGAGCUCCCGCACAGACACGCCUCCCAACGCGGCCAACGGUGACAAUGCGCCACGCUUCAGGAGGACCAGGAGGACUUCCGGGAUGUAUGACUCGGACCGCGCCUCAAACGAGGAUUCUGGGAACUCAACGGUUGAUAGCGAAUCAGAAGAGCCACCUGAAAAGAAACUGUCGCCCUGGCGGGGCAGACCCGAAAAUGUCGGGGAGGGGGAGGAGGCCGUGUCGGCAGGAAAGGAGGCGGAGUUGAGCGAGGUUGUUGUCCCGACAACGACUCGGCUGCCUGUCACGCCGUCCCGCUCCAGCACGCCACAGGAGGACGUUGCCCAGCUUGCAAGUCCCUCCGAAGACGAGGAGAACCCAGAAGACGAAGCGUUGGCAGUGAAGGACGAAGUGACAAAUGAGCAGAAAACCGUUGUGGAGAAACUGCGCCCUGCCACUUCCCCAGGCAGGGCGUCCCCUCGGUAUGACGAGCUGCACGACGCCACCCCUGCACCGUCCAAAGACUUCAAGACCCCGCCUUUGUCGCCAGCCAUGCUCAAAGUUCACAACUCUGAUAGGCUGCCUAAAAUCUCCACCUCGCCAUCUGCCAUCAGUCCUGAAGCUCCACUGCCGCCUCCUCCAGCUCCUGCACCUCCUCCUCGAAGUGUCCCGAAGAGACCGGAUGAACCCAUGGUGGUCCUCCACUGCCUCCCCGCGCCGCGCCUCCACCCGGAGCACCCGACUUCAACUCCAACCACCGUGCCCUCAGACACUGACUCCGCCAGUGAGGAAGAGGAGGAAAAACCAGAGCUGAAGCUCUGCCCUGAAAGGAAGCAAGACGAGGUUACACCUGCCUCCCCCAAGUCUUUGGCGAGUCCCACCAAGGUAGGUGCCGGCGUGUCACCCAAGUCCCACCCGUCGCCCCUGCGUGGCGCCGAGGCGGAAAGGAGGAGCCAUCGAGCUGUGAGGGCGAAUGAGGUGCAAGAACAAGCAGAUGAGGUUUCAAAGGAACAGCCCGAGAAGGAGCUCCGGACACCGCCCCAGGCCCAGGAGGCCCUCGGGCCCGCCCCAAACGAGGAGCCACAAAUGGGUGCCGAGGCGUUACUUUGCCACGAAGUAGACCUAGACGACCCCGAUGACAAGGACAAACCCACCCCUUCCUCGGAGCCCCUCCUCCUCAUCGCCCGGGAGCAGCCACCAGCGCCCCAUCACCCCUUCUUUCCCGAGCCCAUCUCCUGCUGCACCCCCUGUCCGGAAGUACUCCGCCCAGCCAGUUUCGAGAUGGAGGCAGAGACCAAGGUAGUGGUGGCUGUGGUGGCAUCAGGCGCAGAGAAAGAGACAGAUGCCCUGUCCAGUCUGGACCGCAAUGUGACGCAAGAGGCCCGAGGUCAGAAGCGUCUGGCAGAGUGUCAGACAAGCCCCGCCUCCAAGAAACACAAACGAAACCACAAGCGCAACAGUGGCACCCCCAAGACUGACAAGAACGGCACUGGUCACAGCAGCGACAGUGAGGACCAGUCACGUCUUUUGUCUCUGUCAAAGUCCAACAAGUCUCGCUGCACUGGGGCUGGGUCGCCACACGCCAAAGACAAACAUAGCGCCACCUCCCCACAGCGAGCCUACAAGUGGACCUUCCAGCUCGACGCUCUGGACAGCAUGUCGAGCAGCGAGAGGAUCUCUUUCCUGCAGGACAAGCUUCAGGAGAUCCGGAAAUACUACAUGAGCCUCAAAUCUGAGGUGGCGUCCAUUGACAGACGUAGGAAGCGCCUAAAAAAGAAGGAGCGGGAAGCGUGUUAUCCAUCCCCAACAGUGUCCAACACCACGGCGUCUCUGUCCUCGGGUUCCUCGGACACGGCCAUGAGUCCAUCCUCUGCCUCGCCCACUCAGAGCACCUUGGCUGUGGAGUGCAGGUGAUGACACGCCUGCCCCAGACCCCCCUUCCCCAGGGACAGACGUUUGGAUGCCUCCCGCCCGACUGACGUUCAGACGCAGCGGGAACACGACGGACCACAGAAAAAGACUGACUUCCUGUUAAGAUGAUUGGACAGCCACAGAGCACCCCCUGCACUUUCUGCCUUCCUUUAUUCACUUCCUCCUUCUGUCAACUUCCUCUCUUCUUCCUGCCCUUAUUUCUUCACUUUUUUAAAGUAUUCACUUUUUGGAUCCCCCCACAUUUUCAUUAUUUCCUGAUGGCAUCCGCAUACAAUUUUUGUUCCCCCUUUUUUUUCCUUAUUUCCUUCCUUUUCUGCUCUUAUUUCAUCACUUAAGUUCCUAUCCCCCAUCACUUUGUCUCUCCUCACUUCCUGCUUCGUUCUUCCUUUUUCCAUCCUUUUCAUCAUUUUCUUCCUCCCUCUGUGUACCUUCAGCUCACCCGGGUUAGUGUGAACUUUUUUCUGAGCAGAGAUCAAAGUUCAACCGAAGGUUCGGGGGGGGGGGGGGGGGGCAAAGCAGAUGCUUAUGCAAUGAAAUCUUUGACACAAAAUUAUGAAAUCAAGUAAAACUAUUUUUUAUUUACUUUUCUAUUAAAUUAGAGCUUCUAUUUUGGUAAGAAAAAGGAAAAAGUUGAAUAAAGGUGUUUUGUUUUUGUGUUUGCAUUGCAGUGAGGAAGUUUGAGUUAAAAAUUAGGACUUUGAAAGUUUUAUUUCUGACAGGACAAAAAAACAAAAGUUCUUCCUCGCCUCAACUUGACAUUGUCAAACAUUUUGUGGCCCGCUCACUUUUCAUUUCUUCUCCACUUGCCAUUUCCUGUUUUGCUCGCGGACUCUCCUGUACAUAAGAUGGAAUGCGAAAAUGUAAAGAAUGAUUUAUAAUAUUUUUAAGAGAAGACUUUGUACACUUCUGUCAGCUGCCAAGGAGACACUUCCUGGAUAUGCAGCGCCGGUUUUUAAUAAAGUUCUUAAAUAUCA